GGUAACCUCUUGGCCCGCAGUGAUCGGAAUUGAUGGUGUUCUCUGCCUGGGUUGACAGUCUCAUGUCAAACAGCUAGGUGCCAGGCAUGACCUAGAAGGGACCUUUGCUUUGGGGUCGCAAUCCUGGAAUUGGCAGGAAGCUAUCAUAACUGUUAGCGACACUGAGCACUGAGGCCCACCCAUGUAACAGCUGUCUGCUUGGGCGAGUAGUCCCGUAGUGGCAGUGGACGUGUGCACGUGUGCUGUGUUUUGUUUCUUUUGGUGCUAAAGAUGGAUGCCAGAACUCAGUGGCUCAGAUUUACUUUCAUUAAACGCAUCGAGGUGCCCAUGUCGCUAUGCAGUCGUCAUCCCACAGGUCAUCCCUCUAGCUCCGGGGCCAACAGCAUCCAGCACCGAGGUUCAUGCCCUUGGCCGCUCCAUCUCAAAGGUGCUGGUACCCUCCCCCACCCCUAGUGUGCAACGCCUGCCCUCCUGCCCAUCUCAUUGCUGCUACUUCCGGGUCUUUUCCUUUUCCUCUCCUGGAAGUGUCUGCCUGUCUUGUCACUGACAAAGGGGAGAGGCCUGACUUCAUAUCCAGGAACCUCCUAGGAUGGGCCUGGGCUGGAGGUGAAGGGAUUCUAAGCCUCUGUGUCCCUGGGAUUCCACAGACAGAGUUUGCUCGCUAUGAGAAUGGUCACUAUUUGUACCGCAUCCACCGGUCCCCACUCUGUGAGUACAUGAUCAACUUUAUCCACAAGCUGAAGCACUUACCAGAGAAGUACAUGAUGAACAGCGUGCUGGAGAACUUCACCAUCCUGCAGGUGGUCACCAACCGAGACACACAGGAGACCUUGCUGUGUAUUGCAUAUGUCUUCGAAGUUUCAGCCAGCGAACAUGGGGCUCAGCACCACAUCUACUGCCUGAGGAAAGAAUGAGAGACUUGGAGAGCUAUGGUGGGGGAAAGUCAAGGAAAUGGGGACCUGGGAGGGAACCUUCAGGGACAGCCC